CAUACACACAAAGCAAUUUCUCGAACCCCAAAGCGUUAAGAGUUUGUUCCCCUCUCUCUCUCUCUCUCUCUCUUCUCCAUUUUCAGGUUCUUCUUCUCGUGGUGACAAUUUCUAGGGUUAGGGUUUUCAGACUUUUCUUUACCAUUUCUGGAAACCCAAAAAGGUUGGGGAAAUGGAGACAGAUGACCCGUACAGGGAGAAAGAGCGCACUGCGCUUGUGGCCAUCGUCGUGCUGGCUUGUCUUGCUUUGGCUUCUCUGUUCGUCGCCUUCAGUUACUACUGCUAUCUUCGGAACAAACUGUCCAAACGUCGAAGAGACCGCGAGAGGUUUGAUUGCGAGGAAAAAGGAGAAUGUCAAAGUUUACAGAAUGGUUUUGACAAUGGGCUGCAAGUUUUCACCUUCAAGCAGCUACACUCAGCAACCAGUGGCUUUAGCAAGUCGAAUGUGGUCGGGCAUGGUGGCUUCGGAUUGGUUUAUCGAGGAGUUCUAAGCAACGGACUAAAAGUUGCUAUCAAGUUCAUGGAUCAUGCGGGGAAGCAAGGGGAAGAGGAAUUCAAAAUGGAGGUAGAGUUGCUGAGCCGUCUGCAUUCACCAUAUUUAUUGGCACUUCUUGGAUAUUGCUCUGACAAUUGUCACAAACUGCUUGUGUAUGAGUUCAUGGCAAAUGGUGGACUGCAGGAACACCUGUAUCCCAUCAAUGGUUCGGGUUCUGUUCCACUGAGAUUAGACUGGGAAACACGGUUGAGAAUAGCUCUUGAAGCUGCGAAAGGAUUGGAAUAUCUUCACGAACAUGUAUCACCCCCUGUGAUUCACAGGGACUUUAAAAGCAGCAAUAUUCUCCUGGACAAAAAUUUCCAUGCCAAAGUUUCCGACUUUGGGUUGGCGAAAAUAGGAUCUGAAAAAGCUGGUGGACAUGUUUCGACCCGCGUAUUAGGCACACAGGGAUAUGUUGCUCCUGAGUAUGCUUUGACAGGUCACUUGACAACAAAAUCCGAUGUCUAUUCUUACGGAGUCGUCCUUUUGGAGUUGCUGACUGGCAGGGUUCCGGUAGAUAUGAAGAGACCUCAAGGAGAAGGUGUUUUAGUAUCUUGGGCUUUGCCCCAACUGGCAGAUAGAGAUAAAGUUGUAGACAUUAUGGAUCCAGCACUCGAAGGUCAAUACUCAAUGAAAGAGGUUGUCCAAGUGGCAGCAAUAGCUGCAAUGUGUGUGGAAUCAGAAGCCGAUUACAGGCCGUUGAUGGCAGACGUGGUGCAGUCACUGGUUCCAUUGGUGAGAAGCCGUAGAUCAGCUUCUAGCGGAUGCUCUAGCUUUAGCGCUUCCAGGUCCCCCAUCUCACCCGGUAAAGCAAGUGCCUUUGCUCAAUAAAAAAAAAACUCGGAGAGAAGCGAGUUUCUUCUUGCCUGUUUCCUGUUCUUCCAACUUAGGCGACCAUCUCGUAGAUAGUCAAAUAUCGUCAGUAAAAUCCA